CGUUGCGUCGGCUAGCCGGAGGACGCUCUCUUUCUCCCGUUCUGUAUUUGCAAACACGUGUCAUUGUGUAUCCGUAUUCGAAGCGAGCUUCUUAUAUUAGCGAUACAUGAGCCGGUUUCCCCUUCAUAUUUACGCAAGGUCUUGCAAUUGUCAGCAUCGGCGUCAGGCAGCGCGCGUUCUCCGGAGAUUUCUCUCCAAUAAUCUGCCUAAUUGCGAAUCCGCUAAUAUUGGAAUUGACAGGGGAAGGCGAGGACGCUUUCGGUUCAGCGAUAAGAAAGUAUUCGAUAAGGAACUUGAAUCAAACGGCGAACACGCUAAUUGGCGGAGCAAAUCAACGUUAACUCGCGGCGCCGCAAUUCCCCGUGGGGGCUAUUUUUCUUAGCCACCGUAGAAAAGUAACUUCGACGUGAUGGUGAAUGUUUUGUCAUUCGUUACAUAAUUGAGUGUCAACCGUGUUCGGAAUACUACCCAGAGACACCACUGGUGUCUAAUUAAUCAUCGCCACUUGUCGGGGAAGCUCAAGGGACUAAGCUGAGGGACCAUUCGAAGAUUCGCCUGUGAUCCCAUAUCACCAAUCACGUGAGAGCCUGUUUCUAUUUCAUAUUUCAACAUUGAUAGUGACGACAUCAUUAUUAUCAAAGACUUGAAUAAGUGGCGUAUACAUAUACAAAAUGAGUGUUAAGGGAGAAGAAAUGAAGAACGCAAAAAAUUUAAACAACUCGAUAGCACCUACAGAGAGGACUGCUCUGAGGCCGAAAUUGGAAACGUUCGACGACGUUUUACCAUACGUCGGCGAUUUUGGCAGAUAUCAGUGGCUGCUUUUAUUGUCAUUGCUUCCCCAUGGCGUUACUUACGCGUUUCUGUAUUUCUUGCAAUUCUUCGUAACUCUUAUCCCUCCGGAACACUGGUGUAAAAUGGACGAGUUGAUGGGCAAAAAUUUCACUCAGGAAGAUAGGGUGCAAAUAGCAAUUCCACCGUCGAAUGAGUAUCCUUAUUACGACCAGUGUCAUCGCAAAGACUUAAACUUCGCGGAGAUUUUGAAGUCCGGCGAGGAUCUUCAUUCCUAUCAAUUUUGGAACAACCAGACUGUUGAAUGUACUAGCUGGGAAUACAAUUACACUCAGAUUCCAUAUGCCAGCAUUGGUACUGAGCUAGAUUGGGUAUGUGAACGAGAAUACCUUGUGUCAACGGCCCAGGCGAUUUUCUUUUGCGGCUCCAUCGUGGGUGGUUUCGUGCUCGGAUGGUUAGCCGAUCACAAGGGUCGCAUCCCUGCGCUGAUGGUCUGUAACAGCGUCGCCCUCCUCGGCUCCAUCGCCACCGCGAACGCCAACAGCUUUUGGUCAUUUGCCGUCUGCAGGUUCAUCACUGGUUUGGCAUUUGACAACUGCAUCAAUAUUCCGCUGAUAAUCGUUCUGGAGUACAUGGCCAUCUCGAAACGUUCUGUAGUCGUUAACAUAACAUAUGGUACAUAUUUUGCCGUGGCCAGUACCAUUUUGCCAUGGAUGGCUUACUAUAUUGCAAACUGGAGGAUUUUUGCUUACGUCACUGCCUUUCCGAUGUUAUUCGUGUUCAUCAUACCGUGGACUCUCCCUGAAAGUGCUCGGUGGUAUGUCUCUAACGGGCGAAUGGACUUAGUUCUCGAGAAACUGCAUAGAAUCGCUAGGAUAAAUCGUAAGACGCCGGAUCCACGUAUUUUCACCGCUUUCGCAGACAAUCUCGAAGUGUCAACAAGGCAUCGCGAAACCGCGACGGUAUUCGACCUCUUUAAGUCUCCUCGACUGGCAAGGAACACCCUCCUUUUGGCUCUAUUCUGGUGUUUCACCUUGAUCGCAUUUGAUGGGCAUGUAUACUCGUUGAAAUUGCUACAGAGUUCAGUGUUUAUGUCAUUUUCUCUCACAUGCUUCACGGAACUUCCAGCUGGCUUGCUGUUGGCAGUGCUGUUAGAUCGGUGGGGUCGCAGAUUCUGUGGAUUUCUUACUUUGGCGAUGACUUGCCUAUUCAGCAUUGCUGAACUAAUGCUACAUUCCACGGUUGCCAAACUAACGAUGUCAGUGAUGUCACGAUUUUGUCUUAACAUGGCGGCCAAUAUUGGCCUCCAAUAUGCGGUGGAAUUACUGCCGACACCUGUUAGAUCGCAGGGCAUAUCGCUGAUUCACAUUCUCGGCAUUAUUUCACGUACUUUAGCCCCAUAUAUAAACGAUUCUGCUAAGGUCUGGGAAGGAUUCCCAAUGCUGAUAAUCAGCACGAUAUCCUUUAUGGGUGCUAUGUCUGUUCUUUUCCUACCGGAAACACUUGGCCACAACCUACCUCAAACUAUUAAUCAGGGCGAAGAGUUCGGGAAAGACCAGAAUUUCUGGUCGUUACCAAAUCAUCAAAAGACGUUCGACCAACAACGACGUUAUCAAUCGUGUGAACGAUAAAUGAUCAAAUUCAUGUUCGGUUUUAGUAAAAAAAAUAAGGAGAAGAGGAAGAACCGAGAAAAGGGUCACAUUCCACCUGACAAUAGAUAAAAUUAAAAUAGAUUAGUAAAUAUUACGCCAAUUAAUGCCAGUUCAUGAUGUUGAGAUUCGAAUAUCGUUUGUAUUCCUAUUAUUUUUAUUUUAUUCUUCUAUUUUAAGAAUUUAUCUUUUAAUGUUGUUUUUAUCUGGCCAUACGCAAAGCGAGGAUGGCUGAUAAUUUUUAUGUUCACAUUUAGAUUUUAUUUUAAGUUAUUAUUUUAAGCAGUCUUUUAAAUUCUAAUACUGGCCUUUAGGAACCUCUGAAUGUUGAGUAGUUGACAAUGUCAACUAUUGUCUGGUUCACAGUAGACAGCAAUUAAUCCAGUAAUUUAGUAUUGCAUAUUGUGCCAUCACAGUAAUUAGUGUUUCGAAAAUCAAUAAUCUCCUUUUGGUCAUCAUGUUCCAUACACAUAAAAUAAGAUUGUAAGUAGGUAGUUUAAAAAUUAACAGUAGUUAAUGUAGUAAUCGUAAUCAGCGAAAAUCUUAGUCAUUGUUUUUUAUUCACUUAAUUUAUUUAAGAGAAAAAAUACGUAUUCAACCAUACGUUUUUAAUGCACAUAAAGUUGUAUCGAGAUUAGAAUUUUCAGCUUUUUAAUAGUCAUCAAAUAUGUCUAUACUUAACUACAAAUUGUUCCUUGAAAGUAUUUUUUAUCGAUUCUGUAAUUUAGUGUCUUACACUUGCAUUAAUUAUGAAUUGAAAAAUAAUCGAUUCAAGUAGAAGCCCUUUAAACUUUGAACAGUUUCUCCAAGUAAUACAUACAUUUAAAUAACUGUACGUGUACUUUAUCAUGUAUGGUGAGAUAUAUUUGUAAGAGACGAUCUUCCAUUUCUUUAAAUAACUAUGAAAAAACAA